AUGGUAAGACUAUUUCUUGAAAAGUUUUUUCCAGCUUCACGAGCAGCUAGCAUUAGAAGAGAAAUAUGUGGCAUUAAGCAAAGAGACGUAGAGACCCUCCACGAAUACUGGGAACGCUUCAAGCAACUGUGUGCAAGUUGCCCCCAACAUGGAGUUUCUGAACAACUCCUUAUUCAAUACUUCUAUGAAGGAUUGCUGCCCAUGGAAAGAAAUAUGAUGGAUGCAGCUAGUGGGGGUGCUAUAGUGAACAAAACUCCUCGUGAUGCUAGAGAUUUGAUAUCCAUCAUGGCUGCUAAUUCACAACAAUUUGGAUUUAGUUGUAAGAAUGUGCAACAAGUAAAAGCUUGUGGGAUUUGUGCUGUUACUGGCCAUCCAACUGACAUGUGCCCGACGCUUCAAUACAACUCUUGUGAGGAUGUCAAUGCAGUUGGAGGAUUUCCGGGACAACCACAAAGAAAUUAUGAUCCCUACUCAAAUACAUACAACCCCGGAUGGAGGGAUCAUCCUAAUUUUAGUUAUAAAGCACGCCCACAAUUUCAACAAUUUCAACCUAUUCCACAACAGUCAUCUUCUAAUUUAGGUACGUCAUUGGAAGAUAUUGUUAAGUCACUUGCUACUAACACACAACAAUUUCAGCAAGAAACAAGAACAAGUAUUCAACAUUUGGAAAGUCAGGUGAGCCAACUAGCAUCUACCGUGAGUAGAUUGGAGUCUCAAGGUAAAUUGCCGUCACAAACUAUUGUGAACCCAAAGCAAAAUGCUCAAAAUGAUCCAAAUCUUAUUGGGGAGCUCCCGAAGUCUUUGGUAAUUCCUCAACCUUUUCCUAGUAGAUUGGCUAAAUCCAAAAAGAAUGAAGAAGAGAAAGAAAUUCUUGAAACCUUCCGGAAAGUUGAGGUAAAUAUUCAUUUACUUGAUGCUAUUAAACAAAUUCCUCGGUAUGCUAAAUUUCUCAAAGAGUUGUGCACAAAUAAAAGAAAGUUGAAAGGUAAUGAAAUGGUCAGCAUGGGGGAAAAUGUUUCAGCUAUCCUUCAGAAAAAAUUACCUCCCAAGUGUAAAGACCCAGGUAUGUUUGCUAUCCCUUGCAAGAUUGGUAAUAUUAAUAUUGAAAGAGCAAUGUUAGAUCUUGAAGCUUCAAUUAAUGUCAUGCCCUUGUCUGUUUAUUCAUCUUUGAAUGUUGGUCCAUUAAAAGAAAAGGGUAUAAUUCUUCAACUUGCUGAUAGAUCUAAUGUGUAUCCUAGAGGUGUUUUGGAAGAUAUUUUAGUACAAGUGCAAGGUUUAGUUUUUUCUGCUGAUUUUUAUGUAGUUGAUAUGGAAGAAGAUAAUAACUCUUAUGAUUCAAAACUAAUAUUGUUGGGGAGGCCAUUUCUGAAAACAACUAAGUCAAAAAUUGAUGUGCAUGAUGGUACAUUGACAAUGGAGUUUGAUGGUGAAAUUGUUAAAUUUGAUAUAUUUAAUACUUCUAUGAAACAUUUGAAUGGCAUAUCAUCUGUGUUUGUUGUGGAUAUUUUAUUGCAGGAGGAUAAUUCUCAUUUGAUUGGUGAUGAGGAAAUGAAUGUCGUGCUGAGCAGAAAUUCCAACGAUGAGGAUUUGUUAGGAAGGCGACAGUGUCUAGCCAAAGACGUUAAAGAAAGGCGCUGCUUGGGAGGCAACCCAAUGGGAAUAGAGCCAUUGUCAUGGCUCGAGCCCAUGGAUGGUAAUUCGAACCAUCCAAGGGAAUGGACACCAGCUCUAGGGCUGGGUUUUCGUUCAUAUGCAGGAAAUAAUGAUUCGAUUGAUUUUGGGGAUCGAAUCUUACCUCGGAGGAAUUCCCUCUGGUUGCCGUUGUGGAAGAGGUCGGCGCUGUGUUUCCAUUCACCGGUGCUUCGACUGAGAGUGGAAAGAGAAUCAAGAAAAGUGAAGAAGAGAAUUGAAACUGAAUUGAAUUGCAAAGAGCUCAAGUCUAGAUGUUUUGUACAGAGAGAAUACUUUCACUAA